UGUUCAGCUUUCUCUUCUCCUCCGGCAGCUCUAGGAGUAGAGAGAAGAAGAUACUUACACUUAUAUAUAUAUACAUAGAUAUAGAUAAAUAUAGAAAGAGUGGUAGCCAUGGAUUCAACUCCACCAACCACCACCACCUCCAAUGAUGGCGUGGUCGUCGCUCACAAGGACGCGUCUUUGGUCGAUCCCUCCUUGGUUGAGGCUCUCCAAAACACUCGUCAUCGUCUCACCAUUCUGCGGAUGGAACUCGAUAUACUGAAGUUUCUGCAGAAUCCUGAUCAGCAGCAGUUUGAGUUCCAACAUUUUACCACUUCCUACCUUCGUCUUGCAGCACACCGUGUUGCUCAACACUAUUGUCUGCAGACUAUGGUUCAGGACAAUGUCUUAGAUGGUCUGGGUACUAGAAUUGUGGUUAAAAAAUUGGCAGAAAGCAGAUACCCUGCUGUCUGUUUAUCAGAAAUUCCUGCUAAACAGUUAGAAAAUGACAAACAUGAGCAGAUUAAAAUUGUCAUGAGGCCAAGGCCUAACAGAAAUUCCUCAAAUGAAGCCAGUGAAACAGGAAUCAAACGCAAUACUGCGAGGACUGUGGAAGAGAGGAAGGAGGAUUCUGAACGAGGGCACGGUGGGCGACGGAGUGGCUGCCGACGAAGAUGGCGGGACGAGACCCAACCUGGAGGGUGACGAUGGGGCCGUACUUAGCUCGGAGGUCUCGGAGGAUGGGUUCGAGCUCCGAGAAUGACUUCCGCAUCCAUAGGAAGUUUCCGAUCACUGGAACAGUGGUGGGUCCUGGGGGAAGAGAGAGAUUCUUGUUGGAUAAAGAAGAAGAAGAAGGAGGAGGAAAGA